AUGGAGAUGUUUUGGAGUGCGGUCUUUACCGUGCUCCUCAGUUUGUCCUGCCAGGGGUCAGACUGGGGAUCUGACAGCAGUUUCAUCUCAGCUGCUGGUCCUCUAACCACUGACCUGCUGCCCAGCCUGAACUGUCCACCGGGAAAGCAGAGUUCUGGGUCUGCAGCAGGGCACGAGGACAUUGUUGUCUGUUGCCAGCCACUGCCCGCUUCCCUGCCAGAGUAUUUCAGCAGUCUUGGUGCCAGUGAGGUCAGCCAUUAUAAGGUGUUUCUGUCAUGGGCUCAGCUGCUGCCAGCAGGGAGCUCCAGGGAGCCUGAUGAGAAGGUGGUGCGGUGCUACCGGCAGCUCCUGGAGACCCUCAGGGCAGCGCAGCUUGAGCCCAUGGUCAUCCUGCACCAGGGGACCCUCCCUGCCAGCCUGGGGCCGAGAAGGGACGGCUUUGCUGACCUGUUUGCCGAGUAUGCGGCCUUUGCCUUCCGUGCCUUUGGGGACCUGGUGGGGAUCUGGUUCACCUUCAGUGACUUGGAGGCCGUGGUGAGGGAGCUUCCUCACGAGGAAUCCAGAGCUGCACGCCUCCAGCUUGUCACCGAGGCCCACCGAAAAGCCUAUGAGAUUUACCACCAGAAAUACGCUCUGCAGGGUGAGUAA